AUUUGCGAAAUAUUUCGUCUAAGCUCUCUAGAACAUGUGUGUCGAAGCCUUUGGUGUCCACAUUGAGUAAUUUUUUGACAAAUCCCUCGUUAUUGAAGAAGAUGUAACGUGCGUUCAUGUCUCGAACUACUUCCGAGAUAAAAUAAAAUUUGAAAUGGCAGAAGAAUUGCAGAAGGUUCAUUUAUAUUAUGACGAUAUAAACAAAAUUCGAGUGAUUGAAACUAAUGUCUUGAAAGAAACUGAGGAUCUAAAGGAAACGUGCAAGGACUAUGACACAAAGAUUCAAGAUUUUGGAAAAAUAAUCAACAGUUUACUGGAGGUUCUAAAGGAGCUUGGUGAUAAUGUCGAGAAGAAAAAAAUGGCGGCUAUUGGUUCUAUGAACCUUUUGAAGUCUAUUUCAAAAGAAAGAGAGGCGGAGCAAGCCAAACUACAAGCGGAGAUAAACGAUAAGACAAUGAUACUAGAACAGUUAGACAGCGAAUACGACGCUCUUCAGAUUCUUGAAGCCACACAAAUGGAAACCAUUGAGUACUUGACGCAAAUAAGAUAAAAAAUAAUAUAAUAUCAUUGAACUUCUGAUGUUGAUUUUAUCUACAUCAGAAGUAUAAGUACUAUAAGUACUUAAUAUUCUUCACUUUAUUUUUGGUGAAAUUCAAUUUCAAUUGAACCACAAACAAAAUAAAUAAAACUUAUAUAUUAUAAACCUUUUUCCAUAGUAAUAGUAAUUACGGGUUUCACGUAAAGAAUACACACAGGGUUAUAAAUAAUUGGAAAUACCUCUUUAGAAAGAAAAUGAAACUAUUUUUCAGUCUGUAAAAAUGUAAUUUUCACUGAAACACACAUGUAAUUAACACAGUACCUAUAUUCAAACUGUAAAUCAAUGUCAUUAUUCCUAUGGGGUUAUCCGAAUUAGCUUGAAUUUGAAAGGAUAAAUUAUUUCUAUUAAAGUAAGUCACAAUUUGGAAUAAUAUGUCAACUUAAUCACAAAACUAAGUAGGAAUUAAGUUUAUUUUACAAUACCUGUGAUUACAAAAAUAUGAACUACUUAUUACUACAGAGUAACACAGAUAAACAAUUGAAAUAUACAUACAUUUCCUUGAUUCCAAAUUGUAUAACAUUUAAUUUUAUGUAGGAACAUGCCAAUGUCAUAAAUUAUACAUUUACCAAACACCAAAUAACUCCAAAUGGGCCCUUUUUUUAGACUAACUGAAAACAAAGAGUCGAUUUCAAAUUUAAUGAGCCAAUUUUGGAUUAUUAGUCAA